UUUCGUUUUAUACCAGUUCAUUACAAAAUUCUUUGUUAAAAAAUUGGUUUGCGUGUUUAAGAAACUGGGAAAGUGCUGAUAUCUUAUUUUCAGUUUUCAAAAGCCAAUGAGCUCCUUUAUUUAAUCAAAGCUUAAAAAAUAUUCCUUUUUUACAAAAAAUGAAGAAAAAAUUCCAUUGUGUGUUUUACACUGCUUUUCUGCUAUUUUUUGUAUGCUACUUGGCAGAAUCUCAAAAUGAUAAAUUUUUAAAGAUUAAUAAACGAGAUUACAUAUUUGGACAUGAAGAUCUAGAUAAACAGCUGAAUUAUAGCUUGAAAGCAAGUUGUAACUGUAAGAAUGGUGACUGUGAUGACAAUGGUAAAGGUUGUGUGUGUUGGCCAGAUUAUGGAAAAGUAUCAGAAAACGAAUGUCAAGCAUGCAAUUGUGGAAAAGGACAUGGAUGUAUUAUUACUACUGGCUGGUUUGGAAAAACAACAUGCAUUUGUAAGAAAGGGUUUGUUCAAAAUGGAAGUAAAUGUGUAGAUAUAGACACUGCAUGUGAAUGUGGAAAUGGAAUUUGCAUUGAAGAGGAUGGCAAAGCUGUCUGUAAAUGUAAGCCAAUGCAUGGAUUUAUAGAAAAAGGCAAGAAGUGCGUAGCUUGUAAUUGUGGCGAAGGCUGGAACUGCACUUAUUCUUAUUCAGGGACAGUAAAGUUUUGUACUUGCACAAAUGGGUACACGCAAAAAGGAAAUGGAAUGGAUAAAAAAUGUGUAGGACCGUGUACUAAUAAUCCUUGCGAAAACGGUGGCACUUGUGUUGAUGAUGCACCAGGGAAGUACAAGUGUGAAUGUCUGGAAGGAUUUGCAGGAAGUACUUGUAACGAUAUUGUAAAAACUCCUUGUUCUUCGAAUCCGUGUAUGAAUGGUGCCGUGUGUAAAAAUGUAGAUAAAUCUUACGAGUGCAAAUGUACUACAGGAUUUGCUGGAAGAAAUUGUGAUAAAGAUGACAUAUGUUAUAAGAAUCCUGGAAUCUGUAGAAAUGGUGGAACAUGUGAAACAACACUGCCCGGAGGAUACAUAUGUACUUGCCCUCCGAGUUUUUCAGACUCAAAAUGUCGGAAUGGAUGCGAAGAAAGAGGAGGUAGCGAAAAAUGUGCAGAAAAAGGAGAACACUGGACAUGUGUUAAUGAAGAACAAGACAAGUCUAAGUACAUUUGCAUCUGUGAACCUGGAUAUAAACCAGACAGUAACAACUGCAUAGAAGAUAUUUAUGAAUGCAAACCCACUGACUGUACUGGAGAAAAUACGGAAUGUGAAACGAAUAGCAAAUAUUAUACUUGUGAGUGCAAAGAAGGUUUCAAACCUCAAGAUGAAGCUAAAAAAGGACAAAAGGAUGCGGAAUGCAUUAUUAAAACUGGUUGCGAGGGCUAUGGAGGGAAUGAUGUGUGUCAAAAGAAAGGAGACUUCUUUACUUGCAAUAAUUACAAAUAUAAUGCCUCCAAAUACACGUGUGACUGCAUUCCUGGGUACAAAAUAGACAAAGAAAAAUGCGUCGUUAAAACUGGUUGCGAGGAUUAUGGAGGGAAAGAGGCGUGUCAAAAGAAAGGAGAUUUCUUUACUUGCAAUAAUGAAAAAAUAAAUGCCUCCAAAUACACGUGUGCCUGCCUUCCUGGGUACAAAAUAGACAAAGAAAAAUGCAUUGUUAAAACUGGUUGCGAGGAUUAUGGAGGAAAAGAGGUGUGUCAAAAGAAAGGAGACUUGUUUACCUGCAAUAAUGACAAAAUAAAUGCCUCCAAAUACUUGUGCGACUGCGUUCCUGGUUACAAAAUAGACAAAGAAAAAUGCGUCGCUCAAACUGGUUGCGAAGACGACGGAGGAAACAAAGAAUGUCAGGAGAAAGGAGAAUUCUUUACAUGCAUUAAUGACGAACAAGAUGUAUCGAAAUACAAAUGCGAGUGCCAACCUGGUUAUAAAAUUAAGAACAGGAAAUGUGUUGCUCUAACCGGUUGCGAAGACAACGGAGGAAACAAAGAAUGUCAGGAGAAAGGAGAAUUCUUUACAUGCAUUAAUGACGAACAAGAUGUAUCGAAAUACAGAUGCGAGUGCCAACCAGGUUACAAAAUUAAGAACAGGAAAUGCGUCGCUCUAACUGGUUGCGAAGACAACGGAGGAAAUAAAGAAUGUCAGGAGAGAGGAGAAUUCUUUACAUGCAUUAAUGACGAACAAGAUGUAUCGAAAUACAGAUGCGAGUGCCGACCUGGUUAUAUAAUUAAGAACAAGAAAUGCGUCGCUUAUUUGUCGUCUUCAACAGUAAGUGUUAGUUCAGAUCCCACUUCGACAAGAACAAUAAGUAAUUCAUCGACGACAGAAAUAUCAACAACAGAAGUUCAAAGAAAAAAAUGUGAUUGUGGUGACAAUUCCUAUUCAUGCCAAUGGAAUGAGAAAGGGGCACAACAUUGCAGCUGCUUUCCAGGUUACGCUCAAUUGGAGAAUGUUUGUUCAGAAUGUCACUGUGGCAGAAACACGGCGUCUUGUUUCUUUGACAGAAGCGAACGAAAUAUUUGCAUUUGUCGUGAUGGAUUUGCUCAAAGAAAUGGAACUUGCUCAAAAAUAUGCAGAAGUAGUGCAGACUGUUUAAACGGAGGGAAAUGUUCAUCAGAUGGACAUGAAUCCUUCUGUAAAUGCAUUUCACCUUAUACAGGAGACCGAUGUGAAAUCAAUGAAAUAUGUGAAAGUAUGAAUGGUGCUUGCAAUAGCAUUGGAGCAGUUUGCCACUACAUUCACUCCAUUAAACAAGGAUUCUGCAUGUGCCCUCCAAACAAGAUUUUCAACGAAGAUUUAAAAAGAUGUGAAGAUAAAUUCGAAAUCACGUCUAUCUUCUUUAUAAUUUUGUGCUUAUCAACAGUAUUACUUCUAUUGUCAAUAGUGAUCUUAAUCAUUUUGCUAAAAAAAUUUAGGAAGAAGUUGGAAAGCUUAAAUGGCAAGUCACCUUAGAGGACUAUGAAUAUUAUGAGCAAUUUUAUAUUGACA